AUAAAAGUCAUAACGGCGUCUCAUACAUCGUAUAUAUUCAUGUCCAUGGGUAUUUAAAUAAGGGACGGAUGAUGUUCGGUCUUUAAGAUAACAGAUGUUACGGUUUCGGGCUUUUGCACACGGCGUUUCUUGAUUAGGAAAAGUGAAAGAUGGAGGACACAACCGGGAAGGUCAUCACAUGUCAAGCUGCAGUGGCCUGGGAGGCCAAGAAACCUCUUGUUAUAGAGACUGUGGAGGUGGAGCCACCAAAGGCUGGGGAAGUCCGAAUCAAGAUUUUGUAUACGGGUGUGUGUCGCAGUGAUGCCUUUUUCCUGAAUGGGUCGGAUCCACGAAAACCAUUUCCCUUUAUAUUGGGUCAUGAAGGAGGAGGUAUUGUAGAGAGCGUGGGAGAAGGUGUCACUACAGUUAAACCAGGUGACCACGUGAUUCCUCUGUACGUUCCUCAGUGUAAUGAAUGCAAGUUCUGCAAGUCUCCCAAAUCAAACCUUUGUGACGAAAUGGGGAUUAAAUAUGUUAAGGGAGUGAUGCCGGAUGGAACCUCCCGAUUUAAAUGUAAGGGGAAGCCAGUCUAUCAUCUCAUGGGAUGUAGCACCUUCAGUCAGUACACUGUUGUCACGGAAACAUCAGUUACUAAGGUGAAUCCGUCUGCUCCCCUGGAUAAGGUGUGUCUGCUGGGCUGUGGUAUUUCCACCGGAUACGGAGCAGCUCUCAAUACGGCUAAGGUGGAACCUGGAUCCACCUGUGCUAUCUGGGGACUAGGUGGCGUAGGUUUGGCUGUCGCUAUGGGCUGUAAAGAAGCUGGAGCUUCAAGAAUCAUUGGCGUCGACAUCAACCCAGAUAAGUUUGAGUUAGGUAAGAAAUUUGGAUUGACGGAGGGUGUAAACCCAAAGGACCACGACAAACCUAUCCAGGACGUCCUCGUGGGGAUGACAGACGGAGGGCUGGACUUCACGUUUGAAUGCAUUGGAAACGUGGCUUGCAUGAGAGCAGCAUUAGAGUCCUGUCACAAGGGAUGGGGUGUAGCUACGGUCAUUGGUGUGGCACCAGCUCAACAGGAGAUCUCCACUCGUCCAUUCCAAUUAGUUACUGGUCGUGUUUGGCAAGGAUCUGUAUUUGGAGGUUGGAAAAGUAAGGACAGCAUUCCAAAGUUGGUUGACAGCUACAUGAACAAAAAGAUCCUGGUGGACGAGUUCGUGUCUAAUAACAUUAACCUGAACCAGAUCAAUGAAGCCUUCGAUUUGAUGCAUUCUGGGAAAAGCAUUAGAACCGUGGUGAAGUUGUGGUGAAUUCACUAGGAAGCUGUGACACUCUUGACAUUUCUGGUGUAAUAGAGUUGUUAAUUUUUCAUAUUUCAAAGAAGAAACAAACAUUUGCAAUGGUGUACAUUUUUUCCUGAUGUGUUUUAUAUCACAAAUUAAAAAUUAUUUUUAAAAA